UUUUCCAAAGUUGACUAAAGUCGACAAAGUGAGCAGCAGAGAUUUAUUUCCCUCUGCCAACGAUGCGCCAAUAAGAUUCGCUAAAGUGACCGAACAACAUUUUUAAUCGACUUUUUCCGCCGAUUCUUGGACUUUUGUAAGUUGUUUUUUUUUCCCCACUUUUUUUUUUUUUUCCCCUGCGCCAAGUUCGCGUGCAGGAAUAUAUAUUUAUAUAUUUAUUUAUAUGUGCUCUUUGUUGCUGUGUGAGAAUGCUGGCGACGAACCAAGCAAGACUUUUGACAGCCAAGAAACUUCUAGUGCGACUUUAGGAUGAACCGGGAGGACUUUUGCUGACUGGCGUCGACUUUCGCGUUUCCUGCUGCGCCAAAAGUUCAGGACGAACACGCUCAAGUUCCACGCACUUUGCAACUUUUGCAACUUUUACCACCCCCCAAAGUUGGAGAAGGACUUUUUUUUUUUUUUUUUUUUCCCUCCUAGCGGACCAUGGAUCCGGGCCAGCACAACCCUCCCGUCGGACACCAGAUCGUCCACGUCCGGGGCGACUCGGAGACCGAUCUGGAGGCUCUGUUCAACGCCGUGAUGAACCCCAAGACCGCCAUCAUGCCGCCCUGCGUUCCCAUGAGGAUGAGGAAGCUGCCGGACUCCUUCUUCAAGCCGCCGGAGCCCAAGUCGCACUCCAGACAAGCGAGCACGGACGCAGGCGGCGGCGGCCCCCUCACCCCACACCACGUGCGCGCCCACUCCUCGCCCGCCUCCCUGCAGAUGGGCGCCGUCUCGGGGGGCUCCCUGGCCGGCAUGGGGCCACCCGGCACCUCCCCCCAGCACCCGCGCCAGUCCUCCUACGAGAUCCCCGACGACGUGCCCUUGCCUCCGGGCUGGGAGAUGGCCAAGACCGCCUCGGGCCAGAGAUACUUCCUCAACCACAUUGACCAGACCACCACUUGGCAGGACCCCCGCAAGGCCCUCCUGCAGAUGAACCAGGCCCCCCCGCCCAGCUCGGUGCCGGUCCAGCAGCAGAACCUGAUGAACCCGGCCAGCGGUCCUCUCCCUGAAAGCUGGGAACAAGCCAUUACGUCCGAGGGUGAGGUCUACUACAUCAACCACAAGAACAAAACCACUUCCUGGCUGGACCCACGACUCGACCCGCGUUUCGCCCUGAACCAGCAGAGGAUCUCCCAGAGUGCACCAGUGAAGGCGGGCGGCCAGCUGCCCCCCAGCAUCCUCAGCGGGGUCAACCAGAUGAGGCUGCAGAAGAUAGACAAGGAGAGGCUGAGACUGAAGCAGGAGCUGCUGAGGCAGAGACCUCAGGAGCUAGUUCUCAGGAACCAGCUGCCCACCAGUAUGGAUCAAGAUGGCGGCACCAACCCCGUGUCCUCCCCCAUGGCACAGGACGCCCGCACCAUGACCGCUAACAGCUCGGACCCAUUCCUCAACAGCGGGACAUACCACUCCAGGGACGAGAGCACGGACAGCGGCCUGAGCAUGAGCAGCUACAGCGUGCCCCGCACCCCCGAUGACUUCCUCAACAGCGUGGACGAGAUGGACACAGGUGACCCCCUGCCCACCUCCAUGGCGUCGCAGCCCAGCCGCUUCCCCGACUACCUGGACGCCAUCCCGGGCACGGACGUGGACCUGGGCACCUUGGAGGGUGAGAGCAUGGCGGUGGAGGGGGAGGAGCUUAUGCCCAGCCUGCAGGAGGCGCUCAGCUCGGACAUCCUCAACGACAUGGAGUCCGUGCUGGCGGCCACCAAGAUCGACAAGGAGAGCUUCCUGACGUGGUUAUAGAGCCCCGCCCCCCCCGCCUUCUCCCCUCCCCGGCCCCCUCCCCCGCCAGCGUGUGAAGGAUUCGUGCUCCACGGUUCUCCUCCCUUCCUGUCGUCUGCGUCUCCAAGGCUGGCCCGUGAGCAGACAAUAACCAAGCAAAGCGUCCUCGGAGGUUUUCACACGCCGCCCCCCCUCCCCCGCCAUGGCGUGUGCGUGCUGUGUCGCCGUCUUCUUCUCUUGCAGGACAGCUUUAACUCGCCAGACAUGAUGUAUCGGAGGACCGUACGGAUUUGGAGCAGCAGGAUAAGGGAGGCCCCCGGCGAGGACGCGUGUGAUUGGUCAGGAGGGUCCUGGGGGGGCGGGGCCACCACGCCGCUGCUUGGCUGUGCCAGCAAGUCUAAGUUAAACUUUUUUAGUCAGGCCUUUUUUUCUGAAGAACAUGCGAGCGACGCGAACAAGCGACGCGAACAAGCCACGCCUUCUCUUGCUCAUCUCCUCCAAUCAAAAUGUAUUUUUCAUUUAUGAACACAUUUUAAUGGGUUUUUUUAGGGAUUUGUUAGCUUCUUGUAUUAUUCUUUUAGAUGUAUGAUCUUUUCUUUCUGGCAUCAGCAGACCAAGAACAAAAUAUCUCCCGACUAUAGAGUGCAACGCUAUAUAAGCCACACCCACAAUUUUUUUUUUAAGAAAAAACAUAGUGUUCCAUAUACAAGCCGCACCGGACUAUAAGCCGCAGGUAUACACGUUAUGGAAUUCCUAAUUUACACAGAAAUCUUUUUUACAUACCUUAAUUGUAUGCAAACGGUGUUUGUAACAGGGCAGUAAAACGGCUGAUCAAACAAAACACAAAUCAAGGUCAUGGACCCACUAGCUACGCAAGCUAGCUCUCCAAUCAGCUAAACAGACUCCAUAACUUUAGCUAACAUUUUGAUGAAUUUACGUAACAAUUUGUGAAAGUGAAACACUACAAAAAGAAUGUAAGUCAAUAAUACUAACACAAACACUAAUAAACCUGUUAGCAUAUUAGCUAACCAUUUCAUUACGAAGGCACGUACAAAUAUGCAUGUAAACACUCCUACAGACAUCACACAUGGGACGAUUUAGUAAGUAAGAAUUGUUUUAGUUUUAUUGUAAAACUUACAAAUGUUCCUUGGAGUGAUGAAUGACGAAUCAUUACGUGUAGAGAUGUUAGGGAUGACUAGAAGACCAAACAAAAAUAUGAAAUCAAGAACAGUAAGCCAAUAUAACAUACCUAAAUUGUUCCCAAACAGUGUCUGUAACACGGCGGUAAAACGUCUGAUCAAACAAAACAGAAGUCAUGGUCAUGGACCCACUAUCUGCGCAAGCUAGCUCUCCAAUCAGAUGAAAAGACUCCAUAACUUUAGUUGAGGUUUUGAUUAAUUUACUGAACAAUUUGUGAAAGUGAAACACUACAAAAAGAAUGUAAGUCAAUAAUACUAACACAAACAUUCAUAAACCUGUUAGCCUAUUAGCUAACCAUUACAUUAGGAUAGCAGGUACAAAUAUGCAUGUAAACACUCCUACAGACAUCACACAUGGGACGAUUUAGUAAGUAAGAAUAGUUUUAGUUAUAUUGUAAAACUUACAAACUUUCCUUGGUGUGAUGAAUGAAGAAUCAUUACGUGUAGAAACGUUAUGGAUGACUAGAAGACCAAACUAAAAUAUGAAAUCAAGAAUAGUAAGCAAAUAUAACAUACCUUAAUUGUUCCCAAACAGUGUCUGUAACACGGCAGUAAAACAUCUGAUCAAACAAAACAGAAGUCAUGGUCUUGGACCCACUAUCUGCGCAAGGUAGCUCUCCAAUCAGAUAAACAGACUCCAUAACUUUAGUUGACGUUAUGAUGAAUGUACUUAACAAUUUGUGAAAGUGAAACACUAAAAAAAGAAUGUAAGUUAAUAAUACUAACACAAACAUUAAUAAACCUGUGAGCAUAUUAGCUAACCAUUACAUUACGACGGCACGUACAAAUAUGCAUGAAAACACUCCUACAGACAUCACACAUGGAACGGUUUAGUAAGUAAGAAUACUUUUAGUUAUAUUGUAAAACUUACAAACGUUCCUUGGAGUGAUGAAUGAAGAAUCAUUACGUGUAGAAACGUUAUGGAUGACUGGGAGACCAAACAACAAUAUGAAAUCAAGAAUAGUAAGCAAAUAAAAUAUACCUAAAUCGUUCCCAAACAGGGCAGUAAAACGUCUGAUCAAACAAAACAGAAGUCAUGGUCAUGGACCCACUAUCUUGUGCAAGCUAGCCCUCCAAUCAGAUAAAAAGACUCCAUAACUUUAGUUGAGGUUUUGAUGAAUUUCCCAAAUAAUUUGUGAAAGUGAAACACUACAAAAAGAAUGUAAGUUAAUAAUACCAACACAAACACUCAUAAACCUGUUGGCAUAUUAGCUCACCAUUACAUUACGACGGCACGUACAAAUAUGCAUGUAAACACUCCUACAGACAUCACACAUGGGACGAUUUAGUAAGUAAGAAUAGUUUUAGUUAUAUUGUAAAACUUACAAACGUUCCUUGGAGUGAUGAAUGACGAAUCAUUACGUGUAGAAACGUUAUUGAUGACUGGAAGACCAAACAAAAAUAUGAAAUCAAGAAUAGUAAGCAAAUAUAACAUUCCUUAAUUGUUCCCAAACAGUGUCUGUAACACGGCAGUAAAACGUCUGAUCAAACAAAACAGAAGUCAUGGUCAUGGACCCACUUGCUGCGCAAGCUAGCUCUCCAAUCAGAUAAAAAGACUCCAUAACUUUAGUUGAGGUUUUGAUGAAUUUACUGAAGAAUUUGUGAAAGUGAAACACUACAAAAAAGAAUGUAAGUUAAUAAUACUAACACAGACACUCAUAAACAUGUUUGCAUAUUAGCUAAUGCUAACGACGCUAGCUUGGUUACAUUAGGAUAACACGUACAAAUAUGCAUGUAAACACUCCUUCAGACAUCACACAUGGGACGCUUUAGAAAGUAAGAAUUGUUUUAGAUAUAUUGUAAAACUUACAAAUCUUACUUAGAGUGAUCAAUGAAUAAUCCUUAUGUGUAGAAACGUUACAGACAACUAGAAGAACAAACAAAAACAUAAAACCAAUAAUAGUAAGCAAAUAAUUCCAUCGCUGCGCAAGCUAGCUCUCGUCAGCUAAACAGACUUAUUAAUUCCACAGUGUCGUUUUGGUUAUUUACUGAGGUUUUUGUGACAGUGAAACAAUACAAAAAGAAUGUCAGUCAAUAAUACUAACAAAGACACUUGUAAACCUGUUAGUAUAUUAGCUAACUAUUACAUUAUGAAAGCACAUACAAAUAUGCAUGUAAACAUUCCUACAGACAUCACACAUGGAACGCUUUAGUAAGUAAGAAUAGUUUUGGUUAUAUUGUAAAACUUACAAACGUUGUUUGGAGUGAUGAAUGAAGAAUCAGUACAAGUAGAAACGUUAUGGAUGACUGGAAGACCAAACAAAAAUAUGAAAUCAAGAAUAGUAAGCAAAUAUAACAUACCUAAUUGUUCCCAAACAGUGUCUGUAACACGGCGGUAAAACGUCUGAUCAAACAAAACAGAGGUCAUGGUCAUGGACCCACUAGCUGCGCAAGCUAGCUCUCCAAUCAGCUAAACAGACUCAAUAACUUUUGUUGACGUUUUGGUGAAUUUACUGAAGAAUUUGUGAAAGUGAAACACUACAAAAAGAGUGUAAGUUAAUAAUACUAACACAGACACUCAUAAACAUGUUUGCAUAUUAGCUAAUGCUAACGACGCUAGCUUGGUUACAUUAGGAUAGCACGUACAAAUAUGCAUGUAAACACUCCUUCAGAGAUCACACACGGGAUGCUUUAGAAAGUAAGAAUUGUUUUAGUUAUAUUGUAAAACUUACAAACCUUACUUAGAGUGAUCAAUGAAUAAUCCUUAUGUGUAGACACGUUACAGACAACUAGAAGAACAAACAAAAACAUAAAACCAAUAAUAGUAAGCAAAUAAUUCUAUCGCUGUGCAAGCGAGCUCUCAUCAGCUAAACAGACUUAAUAAUUCCACAGUGUCGUUUUGGUUAUUUACUGAGGUUUUUGUGACAGUGAAACAAUACAAAAAGAAUGUCAGUCAAUAAUACUAACAAAGACACUUGUAAACCUGUUAGUAUAUUAGCUAACUAUUACAUUAUGAAAGCACAUACAAAUAUGCAUGAAAACACUCCUACAGACAUCACACAUGGAACGCUUUAGUAAGUAAGAAUAGUUUUGAUUAUAUUGUAAAACUUACAAACGUUGUUUGGAGUGAUGAAUGAAGAAUCAUUACAAGUAGAACGUUAUGGAUGACUGGAAGACCAAACAAAAAUAUGAAAUCAAGAAUAGUAAGCAAAUAUAACAUACGUUAAUUGUUCCCAAACAGUGUCUGUAACACGGCAGUAAAACGUCUGAUCAAACAAAACAGAAGUCAUGGUCAUGGACCCACUAGCUGCACAAGCUAGCUCUCCAAUCAGCUAGACUCAAUAACUUUUGUUGACGUUUUGGUGAAUUUACUGAAGAUUUUGUGAAAGUGAAACACUACAAAAAGAUUGUAAGUUAAUAAUACUGACACACUCAUAAACCUGUUAGCUAACGACGCUAGCCUGGUUACAUUACGAUAGCACGUACAAAUAUGCAUGAAAACACUCUGACAGACAUCACACACGGGAUGCCUUAGUAAGUAAGAAUUGUUUUAGAUAUAUUGUAAAACUUACAAACGUUUGAGUGACGGAUGAAGAAUCAUUUACAAGUAGAAAUGCUAUCGAUGGCGAGAAGACCGACCGGCACUUCUACUUCUGGCUCGGCGCUUUAAACAGCAGGAAACACUGGUUGGCAUUCACCCAGCAGUAUUAGCUAACAACGUUCAAAUGUAAACAUUUACAAACGUUGCUUGGAGUGACGAAUGGAGAAUCCUUAUGAGUAGGAACGUUAUGGACGGCUCAGACGACCAAACAAAAAUAUGAAAUCAAGAAUAGUAAGUAAAUAUUAUGUUACAGGUCUUGCCUUGGGUACCUGGUUACAGCUUAUAGGUAUCCCGCAAUAUGGACACAAGGAUCCCAGAUUGAAACGUGUUGUCGUUACAGGAUUGUGUAGUUUGGGCGGGAGUACGUCAGUAUACAGGAGAACUCCCAGGGUGAAACAGACCAACACUGCCCCCUACUGUCAGUAGUUAGUUGUGGUUUAGAAAUCUGUUGAGAUCCUAGUGUCACCAUUACAACUCAUUCACAUGAAUGCUAUCAAAAACAAAUGAUAAAACAAUAACAACUUUUUGUGGGUGUAACAAUGACAUACCUUAAUUGUUUCCAAAUGGUGCCUGUGCCAGGGCAGUAAAACGUCUGAUCAAACAAAACACAAGUCAUGGUCAUGGACCCACUAGCUGCGCAAGCUAGCUCUCCGAUCACAUAAACAGUUAAGAAUUGUUUUAGUUAUAUUGUAAAACUUCCAAACGUUGCUCGGAGUAAUGGACGAAGAAUCAUUCAAAGUAAAAAUGCUAUGGAUGGCACCCGCAGUGAGCGGACUCGUCCAAAAGAUGGCGUCGUAGCACAAACAAUAACACCUUUUCAUUGUCUUUGAUUGUGUUUCUAAAAAAAAAUAUUUGGCUGCCAGAAUCCAUAAAAAGUAGCGGCUUACAGUCCGGAAUCUCUGGCAUUAUUAUAAGACCUCACUAAUAUUCCUGAGCUGGAACCAAAAACGAUGUGUUUGAGAGGUUCGUGAAGGGGGGCGGAGCCAACAAAGCUCAGACUUUUACUUCCUUUUUUGUGACGACGACUGAAGAAACAAUCGCUUGUGGUCUCAUCACCACUUCCUGUGGCGGACUCCAAAGAUCUUCCAGGACUUGUGGUCCACUCGGACGGUCCGGGAGAGAAGGUUAACGAACAAAGUAUAAGCGAGCCCGGAACAAAAUGGCCACGGGAGGUUCUUUCUUUCUUUUUUUUUAGGCCUUUUUAAGGCAGAGCUUUUUUUUUCUUUCUCCACUUUUCCCUCAUCUUUUUUUUUUUGGACCGUGUUUACGCCACAGCGCCCCCUGGUGGUGGGAGGAGGCUUUGGUCACGCUAACCCCCGAGUAGCAUUAACGUGGAACAUUUGAGGUAUGUGGUGUAGUCUUUGAGGAGCGUGCCGGGAGAAGAAGGCGACUAGAAGAAGGUACGCCAUUAAAAAGUCUGAUUUGAGGCUUAUUUAGCUAUUAUGGUAGCCCUAGAACUAAUCACAGCCCUUUUGUAUUUAGUUGUUUUCCUAAAUGCACGUGAGAUGAAUUCAUACCCAGUGAUUCAUUUUGUUGUUGUUUUUUAUAUAGAUAUGUGCAUGUGUUGUAGAAGAUCUGUUACAUGAUAUAAAUAUAUAUAUCCCUUCAUAUCAAACACUUUGAAAUUGGCUUGAAAUAAAGUAUAUACUUUGUGGUAAAACCUCCA